AUGCCUAUGAUACAGCAUGCUGCAUCAUACGAGUUGUACCGAAGACUGGGCACUGUAAAGGAUGCAGACUGCGAAGUAGAAGUACUAGCAGAUAAGGCGCAGCUGACGCGAAACAAAAUAAUGAAAGAGCUGAAGUUGGCUCAUGAACGAAGCAAGAAGACCUAUAAUACCAGAAGUCGAGAAGUGAAGUUUCAAAUUGGACAAGUGGUAUACCGCCGAAACUUCAAGCAGAGUUCACAAGUCGAAAAUUAUAACGCUAAACUUGCCCCAAAACAGGUUAAGUGCGUCGUAUUAAAAACAAUCGGAAAUUCGAUGUACGAACUUGGUGACACGAGUGGCAAGAAGAUCGGGGUAUACCACGCUAAAGAUAUCUUUGUGACAUAG